AUGAGCAGCUACCAGCGACCUGCCGGCCGAGGGGACUUUUCAGUUGCUCUUGUUUGCGCCUUAUCCCUUGAGUUCGAUGCUGUCUGUAUGGUAAUCGAUGAGUUCUGGGAUGAGGAUGGCGAUCAAUUCGGCAAAGCUGACGGAGAUCAUAACACGUAUGUCACUGGGCGUAUUGAUAAGCAUAACGUUGUGAUCGUAUUGUUAGGCAAAGGAAAGGUGAAUUCGGCGACCGCUGCGACAAACCUACGCACAAGCUACCCAAAUAUCUCCCUCGCGAUACUCGUCGGAGUUUGCGGUGCCGUUCCUUCAAUUAGGGAAAGGGAAAUUGGUCUGGGUGACGUAGUCAUCAGCGACACUAUCGUUCGAUAUGACUUCGGGUACCAGACGGAUCAUGAGUUUGUCAGAAAGAAGACCUGCCAUGGUGAAAUGGUGCCCAAAGAAAUCUUUAAUCUCCUGGAAAGUCUCCAAACAGUCUUGGGGAAAAGACGGCUCAUGAAGGGGACGGCGACGUUUAUCGAGGAACUCAAAGAGAAUGCUGCUCGACUAGGUCAGCAUGGUAGAUAUGAGAGGCCAGAAAAGAGUGUUAUUAGCGCUUCUGGGUCACGAUCGCUACCAUUGGCUCUGAGAGGACAAGCAGUCGAUCAAGUCAUCGACAUACAAGCACCGACUGUCCACUUUGGACCCAUGGCUUCAGGGGACACUGUCAUGGUCUCUGCUGAACAUCGUGAUCGCAUCGCCGCCGCUGAAAACAUCGUCGCGUUCGAGAUGGAAGGUGCAGGCAUAUGGCAAGAGCUGCCAUGCAUCAUUGUCAAAGGGGUAUCGGACUUUGCUGAUUGCGAAAAGACCAAAGAGUGGCAGGACUAUGCUGCUGCGAUGGCCGCUGCGACAUCAAAAGCUGUUCUCAAGCGGUACAUUCAUACAGAUAGAAGGGCUACUCCUCCACCAGGUCAUUCUCUCUUAGCAAGACAGCAGGGAUCAAACUAUGGUGGGACGAUAGAAACGGUGCGUGAUGUGAACCAGGGCAAUCGGAUGCGCAUUUCGUCUGCCCAGCCACCUCGACCUUACGAGCAGGAUGGCUCUUCAUUCAUGGCGAAUAUUCAGUCUGGCGCUGGCGUGCAACAGGGGAACGUUAUGGAAUUCUACUGA